UGGUUGCUAGGUGAGCGAGUUAAUGUGAGGCCCAUAUCAGUAUAAGAAGGACUGGUUGGUAAAAAACAACUUCAUUUUAUUUUGCUUCCCAUCACGCUUGUGGACAUUGGACCGCUGCCCAUCUCUCCUCAUACUAUUUGAUAUUAUAAGACACAAAUAAUAAUCUGCCAUCAUGUCUGAACGCAAGGCCGUCAUCAAGAAUGCUGAUAUGUCAGAAGACAUGCAGCAAGACGCUAUCGACUGCGCCAACCAGGCCAUGGAGAAGUUCAACCUCGAGAAGGACAUCGCUGCCCAUAUCAAGAAGGAGUUCGACAAGAAGUACAACCCGACCUGGCAUUGCAUCGUUGGCCGCAACUUCGGCAGCUACGUCACGCACGAGACCAAGCAUUUCAUCUACUUCUAUCUUGGACAAAUCGCCGUGCUUCUCUUCAAGUCGGGAUAAACUCAUUAAACUCCUUGCUAUAACGAAAAAACUAAUCGAUUCAUCUUUCAUAUUAGAUCCAGGUUGUUUUUUUAAUCGACCUUAACAUCUCCAGAGCACCUUUCACAUAACCAAUGGUGACAGGAUCGGCAGCUCGAAAGAAUCAUCAGCGACGACCACCAUGUCGCACGACACUCGUUUCGAACAUCAGUUCGAUGGCGGAACUUCCAAUCUUUUAUCCAUCUCUCUGACACGGUUGCCAACGCUGACCAACUUUGGGAAUGACGCCCGGGGAUGACUGCGCACUCUCAGCGAAAGCCAUAUAAACACACUCGGAUGACGAUUUCGACAUCGACGACAGGCAAACGAACAGAACCCAUCUGAAUGUCGGUGCUAAGCGCUACACUGGAAAGAGCAGAAAUGUUUACAGUCAUGGUGGUGAAUUACCGAUCGAAGAUGAACUGUUUUAUUUUCAAAUAAUUAUCAUUUUAUAUAUCAACCGAUCUUAAAUGACAAACUUUUUGGCUGACCGAACAAUAUCUUCAAUAUUGUCCGAAAAUUUACACAAUUGGUUCAAUCAGUAUUCUUGAUCAUACCAAAUAACGACUUCUAUGCAAUAAAGUUUUUUUUUAUUUGAAACAUAUUCUGUAUAUAUAUAUAUAUUAAACGAACUAAGAAACGGAAAUCUUGUGGCGAUAUA